AUGUUUUUGACAAAAUUUGCAAUUCUUCUCGUGGUUGGCAUUGCUGUUUGUAGGGCGUGCCAGGGUAACAUGAGAAGCAGACAAGAAAGGCAGCAGCUUAGAUCAGCACAAACAGCCAUAGCCGAAGGAGACACCGCUGCUGCAUCGCAGUUAACAGGGGCAGCACCUGCAACACGUGGUAGCUCCCCUCCAGCAAGAUCGCCUGCAGCGGCUAGAGCACGCGCACAAGCUGCAGCAAAUGCACGGAGUAGGACUGCGGAUGGUCAAACACGAGGUGAGUAUUCCCCGUUUUCUAUUCUGCCUGAAGACAACUUUGUGGAUGAAGCCUUCGCUGUUAAUUCAGAAGUUCGUAAAGGUUGGUGA